CUCUAAUUAACCUCAGCAUGUUUCUGGACUGUGAGGAGAAAGCAGAGUACCCAAAGAAACCCCCACAAUGACACGGUGGAGAACAUGCAAACUCCACACCUAUGGAACCCAGGUCCCAGAGGUGUGAGGCAGUGAUGCUUUGAAGAGAAUCCAUAACAAAAGAUCUAUUACACAUUAGGUAUUCUUAUGAAUUCCUGACUGCAAUUUCUUUCAUGCAGAGCACACUUAACCAAAGUACAGUUGGAUUACCAGCUGCUCUGGUAUCUCCACUGUGAUCUGCUAUGGUGAUACCAGAAUGGGUUAGUCCCUGGACCUCAGAGACAGAGUGGAAGAUCGAUAAGUGACAGUAAACAGGGCCCACAGGGGGACACUGUCACUGCACCACCAAGCUGUGCACGAAUAGCUGGAAAGUGGGUGUCAUCUCAGAAACCAAUCACCUGUGUCGCUUGGCCGUACAUAUCUGCGGCUCCAGUGGGCCAGUCUCUCUCAGUAUUUGGUUUCUCUGGUCACCAUUGUCCACUGCGAAACCCAAGAUGACUUCCUACACUGACAAAGGAGAAAAGCCAGAAAGAGGGCGAUUUAUUAAAUUCCAUCAUAUAACAUUCUGGGUUGGAAAUGCCAAACAGGCAGCUGUAUUUUACUGCGACAAGAUGGGCUUUGAACCCCUGGCUUAUAAAGGCCUGGAGACGGGUAGCCGGGAGAUCGUAUCCCACGUAAUCAAGCAGGACAAGAUACUGUUUGUUUUUGAGUCAGCCCUGAACCCCGGAAUGGAAGAAAUGGGGGAGCACCUGAUGAAGCAUGGAGAUGGAGUGAAGGACAUCGCCUUCCAGGUGGAGGACUGUGACUUCUUAGUGCAGACAGCCAAAGAACGCGGCGCUGUGAUAGUCAAGAAGCCCUGGGUGGAGGAAGACCAAUACGGCAAAGUGAAGUUGGCUGUGGUCCAAACAUAUGGAGACACAACCCACACGCUUAUUGAGUACCUGGAACCCUACAAAGGACUUUUUCUUCCUGGAUACAAUGAGCCACUCUACAAAGAUGCUCUGCUGCCCAAGCUACCACCAACCUGUCUGAGCUUCAUCGAUCACAUUGUGGGAAACCAGGCAGAUGACAAGAUGGUGCCAGUAUCAGACUGGUACCAGAAGUGUCUGAUGUUCCACCGCUUCUGGUCCGUAGACGACAAGCAGAUCCACACGCAAUACAGUGCCCUGCGUUCCAUUGUGGUCACCAAUUAUGAGGAGACCAUCAAGAUGCCCAUCAACGAACCAGCUCUUGGGAAGAAGAAGUCCCAGAUUCAGGAGUAUGUGGACUAUAAUGGUGGGCCUGGCGUGCAGCACAUUGCGCUUAACACACCAAACAUCAUCCAAGCCAUCAUCAACCUUAGAGCGCGUGGGAUGGAGUUCCUGUCUACUCCAGACACGUACUACAAUACCUUGCGGGAGAACCUCAAGAUAGCAAAGAUCAAAGUGAAGGAAGACCUCAACAAGCUGCAGGAGCUGAAUAUCCUGGUGGAUUUCGAUGAAAAGGGAUACCUGCUGCAGAUCUUCACCAAGCCUGUACAGGAUCGACCAACCCUCUUCAUGGAGAUCAUUCAGCGGCACAAUCAUUUUGGAUUCGGGGCAGGAAACUUUAAGUCCCUGUUCGAGGCCAUUGAGAAGGACCAAGACAUGAGGGGAAAUCUCACGAUACUGACCCCGGACGGACAACCCAAACACUAUUACUGACUCAUGCUGGGCCCUCGCCACCAACCAAUAAAAGCCGAACACAGACUGGGAUUCAGCUUGAUUGUACCUUAAUUCUGAAGACCCACAUGUCAGACAUGGACAAGUCAAAAAAGUGAAAGACAGGUGUCUCUGUUGACCUUCAUCAUGGGCUAGGAGUUAAAAAAUAAACUUAC